AUGGCUGUGACUGUUGAAGUUAGUCUCAUCAGCGGGAGGGCCGUUUCAGUUGAAGCAACUCUGGAUACUCGCGUGGACAAUCUGAAGCGGCGUGCACAGACAGCUUUGGCUGUAGGCCCUGGACGUUUGUGCAACGCUUCCGGAGUCAUUCUCGAUGAAGCAGUCACAGUGCAAAUGGCUGGGCUGCAGAACGGAGACUUGCUCACGCUACAGAUAGGCAACAUCCAGAUCAAGUCCUCACAAUGUGCCUUUGCUGCCAUUCAGGCUGAUGGAUGCGUGGUUUCAUGGGGCCUAGAUGCGUAUGGUGGGGACUGCAGCGCUGUGCGAGAGCAGCUGCGGAACGUACAACACCUCCAAUCCAACACAGGUGCUUUUGCUGCCAUCCUGGGCGAUGGGUCUGUUGAUCAGCUGGAGAACGUGCGUUGUGUCCAGUCGACCAGAUAUGCUUUUGCUGCGAUCCGGAAGGAUGGUUCUGUUGUCACAUGGGGUGACAAAGAGUGCGGUGGUGAUAGUAGUGCUGUGCAACAGCAGCUGAACGACGUGCAGCACAUCCAAUCAACAGACUUUGCCUUUGCUGCCGUUCUCGGCAAUGGAUCAGUGGUUUCCUGGGGCGAUUGGGCUUGCAGUAGCCACAGCAAUCCCGUACAAGAUCAGCUGAGAGGUGUCAAGCAGAUCCAGUCAGCUGAGCGUGCUUUUGCCGCCAUACGUUGGAAUGGAUCAGUGGUCUCUUGGGGGGAUAGGACUGGUGGUGGCAACAGUGCUGCUGUACAACAUCAGCUUCAGAACGUUCAGAAGGUUCAAUCUACCAAGCGAGCUUUGGCUGCCAUUCUAAGUGAUGGCUCUGUGGUCGUGUGGGGUGAUGAGGCCCAUGGUGGCAACUGCAGUUCCGUGCAAUCUGAGCUCCAGGGUGU